GAGGAACAUCAGAGGUACAGAACUCUGUCUGACCACCAUGGAGCCCGAAGCUCACACUCAGCAGGAGUCAUCCACCCCUUCCAGCACGGAGACAGCAGAAGACCUUGCCUCCAAGUUAAAUGCUGCUGUGAGGAGCCAUAAUAUAGAUGAUGUGCUGGAGCUGCUGGAGAAAGGGGCAGAUGUGAACUCCAAAGCAGAAUAUGGCUGGACACCACUGCAGAGCGCUGUGCAAGAUAAUAAUGAGGACCUGGUCCGACUUCUGCUGGAUAAGGGUGCUUGUCCACACGCCAGGAAGGACAACGGUGGCACUGCACUUACCGAGGCAGCGAUGGUGGGAAAUGUGAAUAUACUGGAGCUCCUUCUUAGUCAUGGCUUAAAUAUUAAUGACCAUGAUGACAACGGCUUCACUGCAUUCAUGGAGGCUGCUUGUUAUGGGAAUGAAGAAGCCUUGAGAUUCCUGUUUAGCAAAGGAGCAAAUGUGAAUUUGAGGAGGGAAGUUAAUGAGGAGAAAGCAAAACUGCUUAAGGGAGGUGAGACAGCGCUGAUGGAUGCUUGUAAAAAGGGCCACUUCUCAGUUGUAAAGACUCUUGUCCAAGAGAUGGGGGCUGAUGUGAACAUUUGUGACAACAAAGACAGGAAUGCCUUGAUCCACGCCCUCAAGGAGGGCUGUGCCAAGUCGGCUGUCUCCAUAGGUCAUUUCCUGCUGGACCAUGGUGUCGACGUGAAGAGCAAAGAUGAAUGCGGGAAAAGUGCCCUCAUCCUAGCUGUUGAACUGAGAAGCAAAGAUUUGGUGGAAACCUUGUUGAAGAAAGGCGAAAUAGACAUCGAUGAUGCAGGUGAGGAGGGCAACACGGCGCUGAUGGUAGCUGUAGAGAAAAAUGAUUACGAGAUAGUCAAGUUGUUGUGUGAAAACGGGGCGAGGACCGACGUUGGGAACCUGAUUGAGGUCGCCAACAGGAACCGCGCUCAUGAGACGGCGCGUCUCCUCCGACGACACAACGCCAGGUUUGUGCCGGCAGCCCUGCAGGACUGGGAGCCGAGCAGCAAACGCUGGAGGGACCAGCUGAAAAAUCUUCACAGAAUGUACCGCCCUAUGGUUGGCAAACUGAAGACCUUCCAGUACAUCAAGCACAGAAUUCUGAACACUGCCCAGGGUGGCAUCUACCUGGGGCUCCACGGCGGCACGGAGGUGGCAGUAAGAAUAAGACGUAGCGUGGAGGGUGAUGAAGAGAAGAAGUUCUUUGAAGACUGUGGUAGCUGUAAACACCUGCUGAAGCUCUUUCAGUCUGAGAAGCACAAGGAUGACCUGUAUCUGUGCUUCCCUCUCUGGGAGAAAAGCCUGGAAGAACAUCUGCAGGAGCCAGCAGAGCAAAUGGAUUACAAAGAUACUCUGAGGAUGAUCUUCCAGGCAGUGGGAGAGCUGCACUCCCUUGGAUUUGCUCACCAGGAUCUACAUCCCAGGAACUUUUUCAUAGAUUUAGAUGGCAAAGUAUACUUGGCAGACUUCGAUAAUAGAAGAAAGUUGAUUAAAGACCAAAAGGAACUUGUAAACUCAGAUUUAAAGGCUCUCGGCAGGCUCGUGCUGUGUGUUUUAACUGGGGGUAGGAAACCCCUUGAGCAAGUCAGUAAAGAGGAUUUGGCUUGUGAUCCCCUAGAUUAUGAGGAGGCUCUGGACCUUGUGAAAAGCCUGGACUGUCAUGAUGAAGGAGGCUUGGAAGGUUUGAGCAACCACCCCUAUUUCUGGAACAAACAGCGCAGGCUUGAUUUCCUGAAGACAAUAUGGAACAGAAUCAAAAUUCUCCUUGAUGGAAAAGCUGUCUUUAAAGCUCCUAAUGCUGCUGAACGUUUUCCUUAUCCACAGUGGACCACGAAGAUUGACAAAUGUGUUCUGGCUGCCAUGACGAAACCUCCCAAAGCAAAACCAAUCCAUUACUCCAACAGCGUCAUCGACCUGCUGAGGUUCAUCAGGAACCUGGAUGAACAUGCAAACAACGAGAUCAGCAAGGUAACAGGAGACCAUGCUGAGUAUUUCUUGAAGCUCUUCCCAGCACUCACCAUGUAUGUCUACAACAGCCUGCGCAGGCAUCCCAGGUACAGACACUUAAUGGAAUCCCAGAGCUCUGCCAGUUGA